AUGCAGUCAACUCCCAAUAGAAUCAGCAAAAUUCCCCGACCUGGGGCACUUUCGCCACGCGCUAGCCAAGAGAGCAAAAGCCCAGACAGUGGAGGUCCCCAAGGACGUAUCAGCCCCCAGCAGCCCGAGGACGCAAAUUCUACUUCUGCUCCUGCUGCUGCUCGUGAUGAAUAUCCAUUUGUUUCUCACCUGACGGAUGGUCUCGAAGACUGUGACUGGGACCAACUGCAGGAUAAGUACGCCGAUGCGAUGGAACAGCAUGGUCGAGUUGAGGAGAAUCUACGCCUUGAAACCGCAAAACUCAUGGAGGUUUUCAUGGCCUGGUCUCAGACAACCGUCUCACAGGAUGAGAGCAGGGCCCUGAAAAGGUUCAAGACCCAAAUGCAGCACGUCCAGAAUUCCGAAGUCAAUGUGGAGAACAAAAAAAAAGCACUGUAA